GUUACCCUGUAGAUGCGGUCUUUGAGGUAUGAGCUGGUGCUGUUUGGGCUCAGUAACCAGAUGGUGGUGACGUUUAAGGAAGAGAACACGGCGGCGUUCAAACACCUUUUCCUGCAGGAAUUUCAGGACGGAGCUGCUCAGAGCGUGCACACACAGAAGGAGCUCUACAGCCGCAUUCACUACGCUGUCCAGCAGUACAUGGCUCUCCCUCAGAUCUCUCUUGGUCAGUAUGCCUAUGUUCUGGGUGCCGGUGAAAAUGGAAGUGCGCUGUCCCUCUGCCAGAGGUUCUACAGGAAGGGAACCAUCGACCCCUCCAACGACACCUUCAACAUCGAUCCGCAUGUGGACACCG